UUACCAGCAGGGCUAAGAAAAGAAAUUACUUCACACGGGAAGUUUCCUGAAGCAAAGCAAGUGGAGAUUCCAGGAGGUGGAGGUUCCCCCAGGUUUAUUGCCAAGCCCUGUGCCAUAAACCUUGGCAUCCAGGACAGUGGACCUCACAGAGCCCAGCCCAAUGCAAUCCUAGAGAAAGUGUUUACAUCCAUCACCAAGUCUCCAGAUGCAAAGAGGUUGGAAGGCCUGUCCAAGCAGCUGGACUGGGACGUGAGGAAGAUCCAGCGCUGGUUCCGCCACCGGAGGAACCAGGACAAACCCACCACCCUCACCAAGUUCUGUGAGAGCAUGUGGAGAUUUACAUUUUAUUUAAGCAUAUUUUUUUAUGGAAUCAGGUUUCUCUGGACGGCCCCCUGGUUUUGGGACACACGACAGUGCUGGUACAACUACCCUUUCCAGCCUCUAACAUCCAGGCUUUAUUAUUACUAUAUCUUGGAGCUGGCCUUCUACUGGUCCCUCAUGUUUUCUCAGUUUACAGACAUUAAACGGAAGGACUUCCUGAUCAUGUUUGUCCAUCACUUGGCCACGAUUGGACUCAUCACCUUCUCCUACAUGAACAACAUGGUGCGGGUCGGGACCCUGGUGCUGUGUCUCCACGAUGCCUCAGAUUUCCUCCUAGAGGCUGCAAAGCUGGCCAACUAUGCCAAGUACCAGCGGGUGUGUGAUGCUUUCUUCAUGCUCUUCGGGGUCGUGUUCAUCGUGACACGGUUGGGCAUUUACCCUUUCUGGAUUCUGAACACGACCCUGUUUGAGAGCUGGGAGCUGAUCGGUCCUUACCCCUCCUGGUGGCUCUUCAACGGGCUCCUGGUGACCCUGCAGGUCCUGCACGUCAUCUGGUCUUACCUCAUCAUCCGCACGGCCUCCAAGGCCCUGGUGAGGGGCAAGGUGUCCAAGGACGACCGCAGCGACGUGGAGAGCAGCUCUGAGGAGGAGGAUGUGACUUCCAACAGCACAAAAGGAGCCUUCAGCCCUUCCAGCAACGGCUCCAACCGCCUCAACGGCCACGUGCUCCAGGCAGGUGCUGACAGGAGUUUGGGAGCAGAGCUCGGGGAUCCUCUUUCCUGCACGAGCCUCAUGUCCAAACACUCGGACUCCUGA